AAUUAAGAUGUUYGGACAAACAAAGCAGAGUGUCGACAUCUAGAAUGUGUAACAUCCUGGAAGAUGAAGACUUCACAGGAGUUUCGUUUCAAUAUUUGACACAGUAGCUCAAUGUAGAAAAACUUAAGCGAUGGUUGAAGUGAGGAGGACUGAAUGUGAGCGGAAAGAAGGCAUUUGGUUGAAAGAAUCUGAGAAAGAUGCUCCGUGUGCUGGACUGAGAAGCUGAGACUUUAGGACUGAAUGGACAGAAGAAGAAACAGACCCGGGGUUCUGCACUGGACUCAGUCGCCCAUCCAAGAGUCUCCCUCCUCCGUGCUUACAUCCGACGACUCCUGGGAGGAGGACGGCAAUGGCAAUGCCAAAGAGGAAGAGGAUGACUUCUUCAGGGAGAUGAAUGAAGACGGCAUCAUUGGGCUGUCGGAGGCCCUGGAGGAGUGGGAAUUGGGGAACCCGUGUGGCGAUCCUUGCUCCCCAGAGGACACGGUUCCUAGUGGAGGCAACAAGGAUUCGCCUCUAAAAUCCUCAGGAGACGAUCUUCAACCCCGGCCAGCCCCAGCAGCUGAAAACCCAGAGCCUGGCGGUCUGGCCUCUGAGUCCACGGUCACCUCCUCCUUUUCUCCUCACCUUUCCACGUUCACCGAGGAGGACCUGACGGCUGCUUCAGGGAUCGAAAAAGAAACCCUCCCAGACACAGAAACAGAGUCUUACUGCAGCAGUGUGAGGUCCAGCGCAUCGCGCCUGGAGCUGAAGCUCAGCGGUUCCCCUCGGGCAGCUGUGGCCCUUUCUGAACAAGUUGUGUUGGAGAAUAUUUCUUCAGAAGGAUCAGAGAAGCAGAAGCAGAAAGGUGGACUCCCUGCUGAAGCUCUGAAGUCCAGGACGUGUUCCCUCGGCAAAGCCAAGAACGGCUCUGCAGAGUCCAGAGGUUGUGACAGAAACAUGAAAGCUGCUGGAGCCAGAAGUAACCCUGCAGGAACGGACGAGCUCAGGAGAGCACCACUGUCUCAUCAAACCCCAAACUUCUCGAAGGUGGAACCCAGGAUUCAUUUCCCUAAGCAAGGCUACAAGCCUCCGAAAGGCAGGAAGUCGUUAGAGAGAGCCACGACGUCGCCGCAGCCCCCCAUCGUGUUUAAAUCCCCCGCCGACAUCGUUCAGGAAGUCCUGUUCAACAUUGACGGAUCCUCCUCCUGUGAUAUCAACACGUCCACCAAGGCUGCCAGCUCCACCGUCCCUCCAGAGUUCAGGUGUCGGCAUCAGGCCACCACUCUGCUGCAACAGCUGCAGGAAGACUACGACAGGCUGCUGACCAAGUACGCGGAGGCGGAGAACACCAUCGAUCGUCUCCGUCUGGAAGCAAAGGUGAACCUGGACUCUGAGCUUCCGAAGGCCGGCCACGCCGUGCUUGCUGGGCUGAACCAGACGGCUUCAAAACUCUUGAAGAUGGAUUUAUUUUAUCCUCACAGAGCUAUGACCGGCUCUCCUGGACGAGCUACUCAUCAGGAAAAGUUAGACGCCUCUUCUUUGCCAUCCGACUUCGGACAACAACUCUCCAACAUCCUCUUCACUCAGUCUGAGAAGUUCCUUCAGCAGGUGCAAACUUUUGAGGAUCUCCUUAAGAAUGAUAAACUCGCAUCCUUAGAAGAAUUAAAGUGCGGCGUUUCUCAGCUCUACGAAGGGCUGAACUCUCUAGAGAGAGGAUACCUUCUGGCUCGAGAUGAGCACAAACUCCUGCAGCAGAAGGGACUGGAAACCCAACAUUUUGACCCCGAACGGACCCUGGAGAGCCUGAUCUUUCAGUGCGGGCUGCGGAUGGAGGAUCUGAAGGAGCAGGUGGAGCAGGUGGAGCAGGUUCAGCUGAACCGGACUGAGCAUCAGGAGCCGAUUCAGCUGGAAUCGGUUCAGGAGAAGCAGAUUGAGCAGGUGGAGAAGAUUCAGCUGGAGUUGGUUCAGCAGAAGCAGACUCGGCAGGAACCGAUUCAGCAGCAGGAUCCAAUUCAGCUGCUGCUGGUUCAGCAAGAGCAGAUUGAGCAGAAUCAGAUUCAGCAGCAGGAGUUGAUUCAGCAAGAGGUUCAGCAGCACAAAGCUGUUGCUUCUUGUCGUUCUUCACCUCCUCUGACCUCCUCAUGUGAUCCGUCUGAAGGAGAAGUGACCCAGACUCAGCUGCAGAGUCCGUCUUCCCAGACUGGUUCUGGUUCCGCAGCAGAGGUGGAGAUAAACUCAGCUUGUAAAAAGAGUGAGGAAGAGGAAGAUGGGGCUGAAGACAACCUCAUGUCUCUCUACUUGAGAUCUUUGUCUAGAAGGGGCAAAUGGGAUGAGUUUGAACAAUCUGAUUCGCUGGAUUACUGCCGAAAACGGAAGGAGUGUUUCUUAGUUCCCAAACCGGGGUCCUCUCUUUUUUCAAACUCGCCUACGAAACACGGAGGAGAGAAAGAAGAGCAGAAAGGUUGGAGAAAUGGAAACGGCGAAGCCAAGGAAACUUUUGCACAGAGCAGAAAAGUGGAAUCGGACGUCGACUCUCUGUGGUGCAAUAAGACCAGCCUUCCCUCCUGCAGCCCGCCCUCCACCUCGCCUGCUGCUUCGGCCCGCAGCAGGAAACGUUUGGAGCGGAGCAGCAGCCUGAGCAGCGCCUGCAGCCUGGCGGACAGAGCGCCAGAGUGGAGGAGCUGCAAGGUCCAGACAGGAAGCAGGCGGGUCCUGUCACAGGAUCGAAUCUCCCUAGAGACGGACAGCGGCUUCAUGGGCUCCGAGAGAAGCCAUCAGAUUCCUGGUGCAGUUCCACUCCGCCCCCACCAGAUGGAGACAGAGAGCAUGUCGACGCCUCAGAACAGAAGUCCAAACAGGCCCCUGUCAGCCUGCGAGCUGGACGCGGGGCCCAGAGAUGGCACCGAGCCGGAGCCCCGUCCGACGAGGAGGAGCAGGCAGAGGAGGCGCACCUUCUCCCCCCAGAGCUUCAUCAGCCAGAGGAAACAGGCCAGAGCCAACGCCACGCCCUCUGACCUCUGGACGCUCUUUUACUCGAGCACAAGCAACGCUCACUCGCCCUCUGAGGAGCAGCAGAGCGCUCGCUCCACCACCGGCUCUCUCUCCAGCUCCCCGCUGGGCGCCCGCCGUCGCCAUGGYGAUGCCCCCAGAGCUCGGAGCUCCAGCAGGAGGGGCGGGGGGAACCCCAUUGACGCGUUCCUGAUGCUGCAAGCCGAAGUCGACCACCUGAAGGAGAGACUGGAUAUUUCUCAGAGGAACGAGAAACCGCCGAGCUCAGCGAAAAACGAGAAGCCGCUGGGCGCCGCGGCGACUUCGCCUCAGAAAAACUUCUGCCGCCGCUCGUCCCCGUCUCCCAUCAGACCCGUGGGGCUUUGCAGCGACUCCGGUGUGGAGAGGAGAUUAGUUGAGACCCUGGAUGACGUCGAACCCGAGAUGCUUUUCAGUAAAAUGGCCAGAGAGAUGAGAGACGCUGCUGCGCCUAAACAACAAUAUAACUUCUAUCCACCAGGUGGCAGCAGUGAGCCGUCGGAUUCUCCGUGUUGGUGCCGCUGUUCCAUCUGUGGACUCCUUAAAAUGCACAAAUCCACAGAUUCAGAUUGUUACAGAUAUUUUCCCCCCACUCACAAAAGCCAGCAGUCAGGUUCCUCAGACAGAGUUUCCUCCAGGAGGUACAGCAGCUCAGUCUCGCCUUCACCCCUGAAUCAGGAGCCUUUGUACCAGCAGCAGCUGCUGCUGCCCUCCAAACCUGAGUACUCCUUUGCUGACGGGUCGCCGGGCCGCGGCUCAGGACUCCGGUGGCCCAGAGAGAGGAAGAGCCGGCGCAGACUCUCGCACGCGGUGGAGAGCCCGACGUCGCUGGACGGCUCUCUGGAGCGCGCCAUCCGCGCGGCGCGGCGCAUGAGGCGCACGUCCAGCCACAUGGCGCGCUCGCUGGCGUCGAGCCUCGUCUACCAGAAGCUGCUCACGCAGUCCUAGAGGCGAGUUGCUAGCCGAGCCGCUAGCCGAGCCGCUACGGUCACAGGCAGGAACAGCAACUCUACCAACAUCAAUAAAAACAGUAACUUUUCCA